AUUGACGAUCUGAACCCUUUCUUGUUGGUCUCGGACCGGAUUGUCUUUCUUUGAAACUGCGUUGAGUGGAAGCGCAACUAUUGAGUACCGUCAUCUUGUCCAGUGUUCUUGUUCUUUGACUGGCUGGAUACGCGUUGGCUCAAGGCCCUUCAAAGCGAAUUGUCGCUUACAGUACUCAAUACUGCUUCCUCGUUUGAAGUGAAGUUUGAAGUUUCGAGUGCCGUACUCAACAGCAUUUUGUUGGAUUUCAAUUGGAUUCCCGGAAUUUGACGGUUCUUUACGUCUUGAAGUGAAUUGGAACCCACUCAAUCAGAUCGGACAAUGUUUGCAAGGAAUUUUACCUCUGAAAAUGCCAUGGAAGAUGCAGCAUACCGGCAAGUCCCUAAUGAAUAUCAUGAUGGUGCUUCAUGCUCUGGUUCACAUGUAAGCCAUAAGAUUGAGCAUAGUAUUAUUUCCCGUCGUUCGUCCGCUGUAAUGACUAUAGCAGAAUUAAGGAAAAGACAGUCAGAUUUGGAUAAGCAGAAGCGUUUAGUAGACCUUGAAUUAGAAAUGGCCAAUCUUCGAGUAGAAUUGGAAGAAGGCAAUGUCCAAUCUAAUCUUAAAGUGAUAUCGGCCCCUAGUUCUGGUGAGAAGAAUCGGCGUAUAGGAGCUUUUGUUGAUCAGUGUCAGUUGUCUGCAUCCGAGGCGUACGAUCACAAAGCCAAUCGGAGUAGGUUAGCGUUACAGCAGUGCCUACAGCUAGAUCUGCCAAAGGUUGAACUGGAAUAUUUCGAUGGUAAUCCUGCUAAGUAUUGGAAAUUUGUAAAGCAGUUCGAAUACUACAUCGAAAACCGCGUGUUGGACAGUGGCCAGCGACUGCUUUAUUUGAUUCAUUAUUGUCGUGGCUAUGCCAAGGAGGCCAUCAGUGAGUGUGUGAUGUUGCCUCCCUCUGUGGCCUACGAUAGAGCUAGAAAGAUUCUUCGUGAACUCUUUGGAGAAAGCCACGUUGUAGCCAGAUCGUUAAUUGACGGUCUCAUGACUGGCUUGAGGCCACUCUCUGCCAAUCCAGAAGAAUUGUCUAAAUUGUCCUUGAAAAUGGAAAAUUGUUACAUCGCUCUGUCGCAGAUGAACUUUACUGCGGACUUGAAUUCCAUUGCAACGAUUGAACGCGUAGUGCGUGUUUUACCGAGCAGCCUUCAGGCCCGGUGGGCAAGGGUAGCAGAUUCGAUCACGCAUGAUGGGCGGGAGGUCGAUUUCAAGGACUUGGCUGAUUUCGUUGCCGCGGAAUCCCGAGUUGCGCGAAGUAGAUUCGGCCAAAUCGCUUCGUCAAAUGCGUCUCGACAGCAUUUGGAUGCCAGACUAUCGCGAGUAGAGAACAGACGAAACGAUCGCAGCCACGUCCUCUACACCUGGUCAGGUGCCUCUCCUAAAACAGCGUGUUUGACUUGUGGUAGUGAACAUGCCACGGCCUCGUGCCGUAGUUUUCUGUCUUUGGACGUUCCUAGCAGGUGGAUGCUCAUGAAGUCAAGAGGUGGGUGCUUCAGGUGUCUAGAAACAGGUCACAGAUCUGCCACCUGUCAAAAUGGUAAAGAAUGUAAUGUGCCUGAUUGCAGAGGGCGUCAUCAUCCACUGCUUCACUCAGAGUCCAGACAAGUGACUGUACCGAAAGUAGCAAACACUUGCACUGCUACCAUCACUGCACAGCAGCAGGUGUGUUUGGGAGUGGUACCAGUGCGUAUAGAAAGCCAAAGAGGAUUAUUGGAAACAUAUGCCCUAUUAGAUACAGGUUCGAAUGUAACUUUGGUAGAAGAAGGACUUAUGGAAGAAGCUGGCAUUGGAGUCACACCAAGUCGUUUGGAAUUCACGACGAUGUCGGGCACAUCCUCGAUCGAAGCGGGGUGCGUCGGUUUCACUUUGUCAUCCCUAGAUGGCACUGGUUCCAUUUCCGUUAGGCAUGCCUACUGCUUGCCAAGACUGCCCUUGGAACCCGUUAUAACCCCGAAGAGGGAGUUGGCGCGCCAGUGGCCACACAUGGCGGAUAUCCCAUUUGAGGAAAUCCAGGAUAGUCGAAUCCGAAUACUCUUAGGUGCUAACGUGCCAGAAGCUCACUGGCAUUUAGAGCAACGUCUGGGGGAUAGAAAUCAUCCUUUUGCUGUGAAAACCUUACUCGGUUGGACGUUGCUAGGCCCAGUUGGAGAAGGUAAAACUGCCAUUGAUUCCGUACAUUAUUGCCAUAUUAGUCAGCCGACAGUUGAAGAACAGUUAGAGAGAUUGUACAACAACGACUUUUCUCGUGUAGAUACAGGCGAUCAUGCGCUUUCAGUAGAAGAUAACGCCGCCUUGUCUAUUGCCCAGAAUUCGGUGCAUUUGGUAAACGGUCAUUUUGAGAUUGGUCUUCCUUGGAGAAAUUCGACGGUCCGGAUGCCAAAUAAUUACGAGAUGGCGCUCCGGCGUCUACAGUGCUUGCAAAAACGUUUGAUAAGUAACCGCCCAUUCGGUGAAAGGUACGCUGCGGCCAUCGAGGCCACCAUCAGUAAAGGGUAUGCGGAGCGUGUGCCAUCAAAUCAGUUGGAAUCCCAGUAUGCUCCUAGGUGGUACCUAACUCAUCACGCUGUGAUAAACCCUAAAAAACCCGAUAAGCUGAGGGUUGUUUUUGAUUGCGCUGCAAGGUACCAGGGCCUGUGCCUAAACGAUCUAUUGUUACAAGGUCCGGACAGCACUUCUAGCCUCAUAGGGGUUCUGAUGCGUUUCAGAAACAACAGAGUCGCAGUGGUUGCGGACAUUGAGGAAAUGUUUAUGCAGGUGAAGGUGCCAGAGAAUGAUCGUGGUGCCUUGCGUUUCUUGUGGUGGAGAGACAGUGAUUUUGAAUUAGAUACGCUGGAGUAUCAGAUGACCGCCCAUCCAUUUGGAGCGACAUCAUCCCCCUUUUGUGCCAAUUUCGCCUUGCGCCGAACAGCGGAAGAGUGGGGCCAUCGAUAUGACAGAAGUGUGUCAGACGCCGUCAUGAACGGAUUUUACGUUGACGAUUGUUUGGUUUCACUGCCUUGUGUCGAUGAAGCGGUACAGUUUGUUGUACAAAUUCGGGAAUUACUUGGCAAAGCUGGAUUUAAGCUUCGAAAGUGGGUUUCUAACAGUGCGGUGGUGCUUGAGACCUUGCCAGCCACUGAAAUUUCAAGCCCGAUCAAGUAUCUCGGAGAAGCUAAACAGGUGCAACGCACGUUAGGCAUAGAAUGGGAUGCGGUGGAGGACGCCUUCUUGUUCAGGUUCGCAGUAAAGGAUGGGCCGAAGACACGAAGAUCGAUUUUGUCCGUAGUCUCCUCCAUGUACGACCCCCUUGGUUUGGUUGCCCCAAGUAUCAUGCCCGCCAAGAUCCUCUUGCAGAAGUUGUGUAAGGAUAAACUCGGCUGGGACCAGCUUAUCGACCAAACAGAUGAAGUUGUAUGGGAAAAUUGGUUGACAGGAAUGCGAGAAUUAGGUACCAUAAAGGUACCGAGAUGUGUACUUGGAUGCUACCAAGGAACCCAGCCGCCACAACUUCACAUAUUCUGCGACGCUUCAGAGAAGGGCUACGGAGCGGUUGCCUAUGCACGUUUCGGCAAUUCAGGCACAAGUAUACAUUGUUGUCUGCUGUAUGCGAAAUCUAGAGUUGCUCCCCUGAAAUCCGUGUCCAUUCCCAGGCUAGAGUUAACAGCGGCUAAGCUCGCCAUCCGCGUGUUUGAAGAUGUGACCCAAGGGUCAAAGAUUAAUUUCGAGAAGUCUCUUUUUUGGACAGAUUCUACGGUGGUAUUGUAUUAUAUAAAUAACCAGUCCACUAGAUUCAGCACGUUUAUCGCGAAUCGCCUGUCGGCUAUCCAUGAAGUGUCAUCACCAAAUCAAUGGGGGCACGUAAAGUCGGAAGACAAUCCAGCCGACCUUUUGUCGCGUGGCGUGUUUUCAUGCCUUCGGUUGAAGCACUGGUUCUCUGGGCCUGAAUUCCUGUGGGGUUGUGAACUCCAGUGGCCUGCAUCUAUAAAAUCGUUCCCUACACCAGAUAGUGUGGAACAUAAACGCACGAUAGCCCAAGUUUUGGCGGUCUCGGAAGAGCCCCCUCUACAUAUGUUGAUCAGAAGGUACUCUAGCUGGCUCCAGCUGUUGAAAUCUGUGGCUUGGCUGUCUCGAUUCAAAAUGUUUAUUAGAUACCGGUUAAAUAACAUCACAAAGCAGUCGGUACCACUGGGGCUUCUUAGCCUAGCCGAAAUUUCUGCAGCAGAAAGAGAUGUUGUUCGGUUAGUACAGAAGCACUGUUAUGCCCGGGAAAUAAAGAGUAUCAGCGCAUGUGUAGGAAAGGGAGCGUGUGCAACAAAGCUAGUGGAAGGGACUUUGAAGCGAUUGUGCCCCAUUCUACACAAUGGUAUACUCUGCGUCGGCAGUAGAUUAGCGUAUUCUGCCUUUGACUCCUUGGCAAAAUAUCCAAUAAUUUUGCCUGCCAAACAUGCAUUGACAGAGACACUGAUUAACUUCUAUCACCUCGCUGAGGGUCAUUCUGGGGUCUCUCAAGUAUUGUCAAGCAUCCGUCGGAAGUAUUGGAUUGUACAAGGGGCAUCUGCUGUCAAGCGAGUGAUCGGUAAGUGUUGGAUUUGUAGGAAACGGUUGUCAACAGCUGGUCAACAGAUGAUGUCACCGUUGCCAGCAGCCAGGGUUGAUAAGGGAUGGCACCCAUUCAAGCAUGUUGGAAUUGACUACUUUGGUCCUAUACCCAUCAAACACGGUCGAAAGCAAGAAAAACGUUAUGGGUGUCUAUUCACUUGUCUACAAAUGAGGGCGGUUCAUCUCGAGGUCUCUCACUCAUUGACCACCGACUCCUUUAUUAUGUGCCUAUUGAGGUUCAUUUCAAGAAGAGGCACCCCGGAAGAAAUAUACAGCGAUAACGGCACAAACUUUAUUGGUGCCGCAGCCGAGUUGCGACAAAUGUUAAACAACUGGUCCCAAGCUAACAUAAACGACAAGCUCUUAAGCAAAGGGGUCCAGUGGCAUUUUAAUCCACCCCAUGCUAGUCACCGUGGCGGUAUAUGGGAAAGGAUGAUCAGAUCAGUACGACGAGUGCUGCUUUCCAUAGCAGGAGAACAGACCCUCAACGAAGAAACACUGUCUACGUUUCUCACCGAAGCAGAGCGCAUCAUUAACAGCAGGCCUCUUACGCCGCUGACGACAGACUCUCUUGACCAACCAGUUCUCACGCCUAAUGACCUGCUGUUACUCAGACCGAAUACAGAGGGAAUAGCGCCAGCUACGCUUUGUAACAGGUAUACACGAUGUUGGAGGCAAGCUAACUACCUUGCAACACUAUUUUGGAAACGGUGGAGCAAGGAGUAUCUCACAUUAAUGCACCUGAGGCAAAAGUGGCUGAAAGUACAACGCAAUUUUAGGCCUGGAGACGUGGUUUUAGUUACUUCGGAUUCACUCUGUCGGGACAGUUGGCCUUUGGCAGUAGUUGAGAGUUGUAAGACCUCAGAGGACGGCCUAGUAAGGACAGUGUCGGUUAGAAUAAAAGGGAGUGUGUUUGAGCGCGACGUUAGAAAGAUCUGCCUUAUCGAAGGUAGCGAAUGGGGCAAGGGGUCAGUCCCGGCUGUUGAAUCACCGCAAGUGGGAGGUGGGUUUUCGGACCUGCUGCCUCAGGGAGGACCACCGUGAGUUCAACAGACCGAAGUGGAGAAGUUUAGGCGUACCGUUGUAAGUCCUACUCUUCUCCAUAGUGGAUGGAGCAGGUUAGGGUGAACCAGAGUACCUCAAGAUCCCGAAAAUGAAAUUUCUGUCCGAAAUUUGGCGGGAGUGUAGAAGGAUUCUUGAUGCUUUGUGUUCAACUCAGCCAUCUGUCAACCAUCGAGAGUGGACUACUCCGAGCGCAAUUAUCUUCCCUCUUAUCUUCGCCAUAUCACUGCACUUUAACCCAAUUAUCGCGUUAUCAGCGCGACCUUUACCUCAAUUGUCUUCGCGUUAUCAACACGACCUUCACCUCAAUUAUCUCCGCACGUGCCCAAGCUACAGGUGUUUACAUGCUUUCUCGCACUGAUUAUGAGCAAUGUACUUAUCAUCCCCCCACACUCAUUUCACGCAUCCGGCCUUCAGCCGGUCUGUGUUUGACCAAUCGCAUGGACUUCACUUGCCCCAUAUAACCAGUGUUCUGUAUUCCGUAUCGCAUUGACGAUCUGAACCCUUUCUUGUUGGUCUCGGACCGGAUUGUAUUUCUUUGAAACUGCGUUGAGUGGAAGCGCAACUAUUGAGGUUUGUAUUAUAUUUGCUUCCUGAUUGUUUGUUAAUAGUACCGUCAUCUUGUCC